UGGUUGGUACUACUUGGUAUGGCUGUGGUUGAUUUGGUCGGCGAAUCUGCAAAUAAGUUCUAGUUUGUAAUUACACGUUCGUAUUUACAACAAAUUCCAUAAUUUUGCCACGCACGGAAUACAUAAUAUAUAUUUUUUAAAAUGGUUGCUAGAGUGGCUGGAGUGUUUGAUGAAAAACUAACGGAGGCCAUCGCCAAUUCCAAAAUCUUAGUAGUUGGAGCCGGUGGUAUAGGUUGUGAAAUUCUAAAGAAUCUAGUGCUCACAGGCUUUCCGCAAAUUGAAAUCAUAGAUCUCGAUACAAUAGAUGUAAGCAAUUUAAAUCGUCAGUUUUUAUUCCACAAAGAGCAUGUUGGUAAAUCAAAAGCACAAGUUGCUAAAGACAGUGCAUUGAGCUUCAAUCCUAAUGUGAAUAUUAUUGCACACCAUGACAGUGUUAUAAGCAAUGAUUAUGGAGUGAGUUAUUUCAAACAAUUCAAUAUUGUGAUGAAUGCACUGGAUAACCGUGUAGCUCGUAAUCAUGUAAACAGAAUGUGCCUUGCUGCUAAUGUACCACUGAUAGAGACUGGUACUGCUGGGUAUGCUGGUCAGGUGGAGCUCAUCAAAAAAGGUCUUACCCAGUGCUAUGAAUGUCAACCAAAAGCACCUCAAAAGACAUUCCCUGGUUGUACAAUUCGUAACACUCCAUCAGAACCAAUACACUGUAUUGUGUGGGCAAAACACCUUUUUAAUCAAUUGUUUGGUGAAGAGGACCCAGAUCAAGAUGUUAGCCCUGACACAGCAGAUCCUGAAGCAGCAGGUGAAGCAGGAGCCUCAGCAUUAUCAUCUGAAGGCACAACCAGUGGAAAUGUAGAAAGGAAAAGCACAAGACAAUGGGCUGCAGACACAAAUUAUGAUGCAGAAAAAUUGUUCACAAAAUUGUUUGGUGAUGACAUCCGCUAUUUACUCUCCAUGGAGAAUUUAUGGAAAAAACGACGACCACCCACACCAUUGACAUGGGACAACUUGCCAGGAAAAGAUGACACACCUGCUCAGCAUUCAGGCUUACCUGACCAGCGUGUAUGGUCUGUGCAUGAAUGUGCCCAGGUAUUCGCCGCCAGCUGCAAAGCUUUACAAGCGGAUCUGGCAGGGCGGCCUGAGGGAGACCACCUCGUGUGGGACAAGGACGAGAAGAGCGCUAUGGAUUUCGUGACGGCGUGUGCAAACAUUCGCGCGUACAUAUUCAACAUACCCACCAAGUCACGUUUCGAAAUUAAAUCGAUGGCGGGUAACAUAAUCCCGGCCAUAGCGACCGCGAACGCGAUAGUGGCGGGUCUGGCGGUGCUGCGCGCGCAGUCCAUCCUGCGCGGCCACCUCGCCGCCGCCACCAGCGUCUACCUGCGGCCCAAGGUCAACCAUCGCGGACAACUAUUCGUGCCAGAGAAAACGCUCACCCCGCCGAAUCCAAAAUGCUAUGUCUGUGCACCGAAACCAGAAGUAGGAUUGGCUUGCAAUCUCAAAUCGCUCACACUCAAAGAAUUGACUACAGCAUUCAAAGAUGGGCUCAACAUGCAAGCACCGGACGCAACGGUCGAAGGCAAAGGUCUAGUCGUGCUCUCCUCAGAACCGGGAGAAACGGACCACAACAACGACAAAACUUUAGAACAGAUCGGUCUCAAUGAUGGAUGUGCAUUGCUGGUCGAUGAUUUCCUACAGAACUAUGAAGUGCGAGUCAGAUUACAACAGGAGGACGAGGAGAAAACGUGGCGUCUGGUAACGGACGCAGAUGCUCCAAUGCCAGCUCCGAAAGAGGAGAAGCCUGCAAACGGUUCAAACGGAGCGGACGAACCAAAGCCUGGACCGUCCAGAACCAGAGCAGAUAGUGACAGUGAUAUGGAAAUUAUAGAAGAAGACGAAGACGAGACCACAGUGAAGCCACCAAAGCGCAGGCGCACUGAAAUGAGUGACGAAGUUGUUGAACUUUGUUAACGAGUACAAUACUUUAAGCUAUCAAUAUGUCAAAUUUAUUACACUAACAACCAGUUACACAAAGGUCCAUUAAAAUUGUCAUUAGUUUAAACAUGACCCAUAAAAAUUUGAUGUUCAUCAGUUUACAGGCGUCAUUAAACCUUAAUGGUUGUUUGUGCAACUGACCAUAUGACUAUAAAAUUUAAAGUUGUCAUGAAAUGAUGCAAAAGUCAACAUAAAACAGUGAAUGAAAAAGAAGAAUCUCUUGAGAAAUUAUAAUUCUGGGCCAUUGCGACCUUAUAAUAAUUUAUUUUACUUUGUUUAUGUAACACAUGAUUGGGAAGUAUUUUUCGAUCAAAAAGCAAACUUUUAAAUGCAUAUUUUAAUAUUAAGUACCUCUGUUUAUAUCUAUAAAAACAAAACAACAUUAUUAAGUAACUAAUAUCGGUAUAUUCAAGCGGUAAACAGAAAAUUUAUAACAAAAAAGAAACAUUAAUUGAUAAGGUUAAAUUCGUUUGAAACUAUUUAUAUAUCAAGUUGUGAUAAACUACUUCUUUUAUGAAACAUACUCAAAUACAUGGUUCUAUUUAUAAUUUUUUUUAGCCAUAAGUGUAAAGAAGUAUGAAUAGAACUAGUACAAAUUUCGUAAAACUUUUGACUGUGUCUAUAAUAAAAAUGUCCCUUCUAUAACCAACAUACCGGCAAUACCAGUUAUUAUAGUGAAAAAGUAGCGUGUGUUAAGGUCAUUGUGUAGGUUCAAAUAAAAGUAACUAGCCUUUUGAUAGCAAUAAGUAUUGUUUUAAUAAAAGCAUCUAUUAUGUUUAAGUGUAAAACUUUGAUUGACAGUCCUAUUCAAUGUCUUCUUUUUUAAAAUAAAUUUCCAAUUUAAUAAAUUUAUUUUUAUUUCAACUUCAUUUGUUAGAAAUACAUUGCGUGCUAAAAAUACAUGCUAAGUAAUUAAAUG